AUGGGAGAAUCGGAGGCGAUAGCAGCAGAGAUUUCGCUGAAAGAUCAGGGUAAUGAGUUCUUCAAAGCAGGGAAUUAUCUGAAGGCUGCAGCUCUGUAUACUCAGGCUAUUAAGAAGGACCCCUCAAAUCACACUCUUUACAGCAAUCGUGCUGCAGCUUUUCUGCAUUUGGUGAAACUUAAUAAAGCUCUUAGUGAUGCUGAUACAACAAUCAGCUUAAAGCCAGAUUGGGAAAAGGGUUAUUUCAGGAAAGGAUGUGUUUUAGAGGCCAUGGAGCGUUAUGAAGAUGCUUUAGCUGCUUUCCAAGUUUCCUUGAAGUACAAUCCCCAAAGCUCUGAGGUGACCAAGAAAAUCAAGAGACUCACUCAAUUGACAAGAGACAAAAAACGUGCUCAAGAAGUUGAACUAAUGAGAUCAAAUGUUGAUAUGGCAAGACACUUGGAUUCAGUGAAAAACGAACUGUCGAGGAAGUUUGAAUCUGGCGAUUGCUCGAAAGAAAUUUUCUCUUUCCUCGUCCAAACAAUGGAGAGCACUGUGAAGUCAUGGCAUGAAAAUUCUACUGUGGAUCCCAGAGCUUAUUUCUUACUACACAAGGAAAAAACAGAUACUGAAAAAUAUGCUCCCGUUGUCAAUAUUGAUAAGGCAUUUGAAUCACCACAUACACACAGCAGUUGUUUUUCAUUCCUCAGGCAGUAUGCUGAAGAUUCUUUCUCCCAGGCUGCUUGCAUAGUGGCCGCAAAAAAUUCAAUAUCCUAUCCUCAGGUCUGGAAAGGGCAAGGAUCGAGAAAAUGGAAGCAUGAGCAGAAUGAUGGUUUCUUCAUCCAAUUUGAAUCACCGUCUUUGAGAAAGAUAUGGUUUGUUCCCAGUUCAAAUGAGCAGGGACACACAUUGUGCAGGGAUCCUGUUGCUUUGGACAUUGGUGCCCAUGAAAUUCUGCCACGUGUAUUUAAAGAGGCAUAG